UGAUAUUUUAAUGAACAUUUUGUUUACUUUUCAAAAACGUACGUUGAUAUUAAGAAACACAUGCGCACGUACACAUACAUAUCAGCAUACUGGUUGUAUGUUUGUAAAAUGUUGACUGUGAAUAGACUUAAUUAACAGUCAAAUAUAUGUAAUUAACCUGACUUAAAAUAAUUACAUGCACACUUAUUAGACUAUUAAUUACUUUAAUCUAAAUAUUAUAUAGGCAGAAGCAAAUUCUACACACUGACAGUCAUAGCUAAAAUGUUAAACAUAAAAGCACUGUACUUGUACUAAAUUAUUUUGCAGAUGACACAAAAUACGUCCCACUGUUGACUCAAGCUGAUUCACAUCCAACGUCGAAAUUCAGCUAGCUCUGCGACAUGACUUCGGACGUAUCCACUGUGGACCUACAACAAGUGGAAUUCGAACUGAUCGGGUCUGUCUACCCCGGGUUUCGCAAUGAGGAUUUCAGUCAGACGUCAGUGAAACUGAAGUUUGUCUUCGGUGCCUACUUUCUGUUCUUGGGUCUGUACAUCAUGUCCCAUAUCCUAGCUUCCCUGACGUGGACAUAUCGGAACCUAAGAACAAAAGAAAAGAUCUUCUGGAACCUGGCUAUCGUUCGAGCUGUGUUCGGCAUCUUCAGUGGUACAGUAGGCGCCUGGGCUGUGUUCACGACGACCAUAUUGGACGUGGAUAGAGUGUUUGGUAAAAACCAGACGAGUUACAUCGCGCUGUGUGCCACUGUCGGGUUCUUCAUAUUCGAGUGCUCGGCUGUGCUCGUCUCAGACUUCAUCUACAAGAGCGUCAGCAUCCUCCUCAACAUCCACCACUGGCUGGCGCUGAUUGGUUACUCGUGUAUUCUGUUCGAGGAAGCAGGACACACGUUCGGAACCAAGGGUCUUUUGCUGGAGAUGAGCACUCCUUUCUCAGCGCUCUGCUGGACUCUCCUGAAGUGCGGCCAAGAGAAGUCCUUCUUGUGGAAGGCUAACCAGUAUCUGCUAGUUCACACCUUCCAUUGCCGGAACGUCAUUGAAGGCUACAUGUGGUACAUGACCUAUCUAAGCUGGGAUCAGAUAUCCUCGUCGAUGCCUCUCGGAGUGUUUAUCUGUCUGUACACCCAGCUACCAAUCGUCACCUUUGUGAUGACCCCGUACUGGACCUACAAGAAGACGGUGCAGAUGAUAAAUCCAGUGGAUUGGAAUUUUGAAAAAUCCUCAGACGUUACGAAAAAUGGACAGGCUAAGAAGAUUGUCUAAGAAAAUGUUUUUUUGUUUUUUUUUAAAUCCAAAUAAAACAAAAGUAAAACAACAACAAAGCGCCCACAAUAGAAAUGGGCGAGGUGCAAAGAAGAGCAUAUAUAACAUACUUAUAAAAGAUGUUGGGAUGGGGGUAAAUGGUAGAUAAAGAAGGAAUGACUAAGAGAGAGAGAGAGAGAGAGAGAGAGAGAGAGAG